GUACAAAUUCGGUUCCCCAGUUUGAUAGCGUACUCCUGGUUCUCGAUUCUUGGGCCGUUCCCUCCUCACCUCUCUCACCCCAGCUGCGGCUACCAUGGGUACCAAGGCCAUGGACGCAUUUGUGGCCAAUGAGACUCCCGUGUUCAUGAAUAAGCCUCCUCCACAUGUAUUUAAACUGAUGUCUCUACCAUCAAUAAUUAUAAAGCUUGCCCUGGGUUUGCUAUGGUGCACCAUCCACGUAGUAAUCAGCCUUUUUAGCUUAUGUUCUCAUCUGAUGGUCAACCUAGAGUGCUAUCUUAUUUCAUCUGGGUUGUUACGGAAGUAUCGGAAUCUCCAACUGUCUAGAAUCAAAUACCUGGCUGUUGUGGUAGAUAGCAGAGAAGCUAAGAAUACAGUGAAGAUCAAUCAACUGUUAUGUUGGCUCAAAACUCUUGGAGUGAAGUAUGUAUGUCUCUAUGACUUUGAUGGAGUGCUAAAGAAAUUGUUUGAACCUAGUAUGAAUGGCUCAAAAGAUGAAAAAUCCGGAGAUUAUUUGGAUGUCAGUGCAAACAUCAAAGCUUUAGACUGUUGUCACAAAGGGAUGACGCUAGAGUGUAUUUCUGGUUCCGAUGGCAAGGAGGGCAUUGCUAAAGCAGCCAGUUUACUUUGCUCAAAUUAUUUAAACGGUGAUAGAUCUGCUCACGAGAAUGUCAAAAGCGAGCCAUUAUUUACAGAAACUGACAUGGCUAGUGCACUGAAAUCCGUAGGUUGUGGUGGACCAGAACCUGAUCUUCUUCUUGUGUAUGGUCCUGCCAGAUGCCAUCUAGGUUUUCCUGCAUGGAGAUUGCGAUAUACUGAGAUUAUGCAUAUGGGUCCUCUGAAAUCAAUGAAAUACGGCGCGAUUGUGAAAGCCUUGUAUAACUUCUCAAAGAAACACCAAAAUUAUGGUAAAUGA